AUGACUUUUCAACCUAAUGAAUCUCAUUUUAUGAAUUCGGUUUUACAACAAUCAACAGAUGAGGUGAAAAAUAAUUUUGUUCCUGAUUUUGGAAUAUGUAUAGAAUGUAGUGAAGAACGACUCAAUCCUACUUCAAAUUAUAUGUUUGUCAUGAGAUAUUAUGAAAAUGGUGAUUUAUAUUCAUAUAUUGAUGAAACUCAAGGCAUGCUUUGUUGGAGAGAUAUCGUGAAUAUGAUUUGGGAGAUUUCAGCAGGAAUUGAAUUUCUUCAUGAUAAUGGAUUUAUUCAUGGAAAUCUUCAUGGAGGUAAUCUGUUAAUUGAAAAUGAACCAGAUAUCAUAAAUACGUAUAUUACUGAUUUAGGAUUGAGUGGUCCAGCUAAUAAAAGAAAUUCAAAAGAAAUAUAUGGAGUUCUUCCUUAUACAGACCCUGAAAUCUUAAAGGGAAAUCCACCAACAAAAAGUUCUGAUGUUUACAGUUUCGGCAUUAUCAUGUGGACCCUUUCUGCAGGUAUUCGUCCGUUAUGUAAUAGAGCUCAUGAUCUUAGAUUAGCCACUGAAAUUUCCCUUGGAAAUUGGGUGUCUGCUAUUUGUGAUGACCCCGACUCCUCGGAUUUAUCCGAUCAAUUUGAUAUUGCUGAGGAAAAGAAAUUUUCCGAUUUGGAAAAAAAUGAGUUUCUUCAGCAACAAAUCCAUUACCAAGCCAAUUAUAAGAGUCGGCUCAUGUAUUUCCCCGAAAUAAUUGAUUUUACAAAACGUUUUGUAAAAAAAAAAGUUUGA